AUGGACUCCCUUUACUACGUCUUUCAUAUCUACUGGCCCGUGUUUUUUGUUACCUGUUCCCUAUUAUACUUUACCAUGUACAUUCUGAUCUACAAAUUUACCACCAAAAUCCUAUGGCCAAUGAGGUUUUUUCUCUACCCUUCCAAUGCUGCAAUGAUGAUCUCAAUUUCAAUGGCGUUUGCUACCCAGGCUAGAAAAAUCUAUAACAACCAGUCGAUAGCGCUUCUGAGUGAUGGGUUCUGCAAGUACAUUGGGCCUAAUUUUUGUCUGCAUUGUUAUAAUUUAUGGACGACUUUCGGAAUAACCUCCUGCAUGAUAAACCUACACAUGCUCUACUACCGUACCAUGUGCCUCAAGCACUUGGAUCCCAAAAAAGCUGAGCGAUGGACCUUGAUGUACUCCCUUCAUUACCUAUUCCCAAUUGCUUUUCAGAUCCUAAUGCUAAUUCCCCCAUCUAACCACAUGGAAGUCCACUCGGAAACUCUACAAUUUCACCCGGACUACGAUUACACUCCCUACUUGGGCUUUGGAGGGUAUAGCCUGGCACAAAAAGAAUAUGUGGAGAAAACUGCAAUGUUUCUGCUUGUGGCGACAUUUUACUAUCCGAUAGUUGGAAGUUACUGGAAGCAUCAGGCGAUGACGAUGUUGAAGACUCAUUUGUCAUCAAAUACAUCGAAGGUCACACGAGUCAUGUUUCAGACCUUGAUCAAGGGCCUGAAUUUUCAAAUUCUACUGCCAAUGAUCAGCUAUAUCCCGACAACGUCUAUAUACCUAUUCAACAAGGUUACAGGAGAGCAAUUCUUCCUGUCCCAGUACAUAAUCACCUUCCUGGGCACCCUUCCGUGCCUCCUCGACCCAGUUGUUCAAAUCUACUUUAUAACACCAUACCGGGAAGCUGUGCGGAAGUUUUUUGACGGAAAACCCCGCCAAGUGGAGACUACGAAUGUUAGCUGGGCGUCUCGUGUAGUUACUUGA